AUGAUAAGACAGGCGGUCGUGUUCCUGGUGGUGCUGUUACUGCCAGGCCUCAGUCACAGUUUCAUUCCAAAUUUUGGGUCAUCAGUCACUCAUCAAGACAUCACUGUGAGGGCGAUCCUCAGAAAGACUGCCGAGGUCUGCCGCGACAUUGCUGCUGCAACGGAUGGGGAUUUCACACUUACCAUUGAUGACAGCCUGUCAGUGAACGCCGUCCAAAGGGCUUGUUCCACUGAUCCAAGCUCCACUUCUCCUCUCUCUACUGACGACUUCCAAACUGCCAUUAAGACCAUUCACAGACGAAAUUCACUAGUGGAUUUCUUCUUCGCCUUCUCAGCAGCACAUCAUUUUGACAACGAAGCCUUCGAGGAAGGUCGGAAUAUCAUCACAGCAGAUUUGGAAAAUGUGAAGGCUAAUGUUCAAAAUGGAAACUUUGAAGUUGGAAGGGAGACUCUUGGAGAGAUAUGUCACACCCUUCAGGAUUUCUACAGUCACAGUGACUGGGUGGAGCUUGGAAAAACCGCUCCUUUUAGCACACUCAUCAGACGUGACCAGCCUCUGGAAAACCUGGCUGGUGUGAAUGUUCCAACCUGUAGGAGCUGCAUAGGAAAUGAUUGUACAGACAACAUAUUGCCUGAAGUGAUAACACAACAGCUUAUAACGUCCGGUUACUUCGAACCUUUCUCUAGCGAUAAACCUGCAGGUAAAUGCAGCCAUGGUGGUUUUUCAGAUCGAACAAGUUUUAAGGAUCCUGUGGGAGGUAUUAAUAAGGAUACACGAGACUCCAGCCAUGGUUUCCUUCAUCAGGAAGCAGCAGAUCUGGCACUUGAUGCCACAUUGGAGCUACUGGAAGACAUCAGAGUAGCGGUUGGAGACAGGAACUUUCUGCGAUUCAUGGGUCUGUCCCAGUCCUCUGCACUAUGUUUUGUGAUUGACACUACUGGCAGUAUGAGAGAUGACAUAGCUGCAGUUAGGGACGUUACUUUUCGGAUUAUUGACAGCAGGACAGGAACACCAGAGGAGCCAUCUCUAUACAUUCUGGUACCUUUCCAUGACCCAGGUUUUGGACCUGUGAUGAGUACAACUGACCCAGAUGUCUUCAAAGCCAGUAUUAACAGACUCACUGCAAGUGGAGGAGCUGGUGACAUCAGAGAAAAGAGUCUGUCUGGACUACGUCUUGCUCUAACUGCUGCUCCACCGGCAUCCGACAUUUUCCUCUUCACUGAUGCUCCUGCAAAUGAUGGCCAUCUGAAAAACACCGUUACAGCACUGAUAGAGAGUACAAAGUCUGUGGUAACUUUCAUGCUGACAGAUGUGUUUGCUACGCGGCGAGGCCAAAGUGAUGGUCAAAAUCCAUUGACACGUAGCCUGACCCAGGCACAGACUAAGCUAUACCGGGACUUAGCCCGGGCCUCUGGGGGUCAGACUAUCGAGGUCAGCAAGUUAGAUCUUACUCAGGCCACUGCUGUUAUAGAAGACCUAUCAGCCAAUGCUGUGGUGACAGUUUUCCAAGCAGCAGUUGAUCCAGGACGUCCUAUGAAUUUCUCUUUUGUUAUUGAUGCAUCGGUCAGAAACAUUAUCAUUUACAUAACAGGAGUGCAAAGAUCUCUCACCUUCAGACUCACCAGCUCGACAGGAGUAUCACAGAAUUCAUCUGAGCCCAUUGGUCCUUUGGCAACUUUCUCCACUGUGGGAAACCUUCGCCGGAUAAGCCUGAACAGCACAAAUGACACUGGAUUGUGGGAAAUCAAUGUUACCUCUAGUAGUCCAUACAUUGUUAAGGUCACAGGUCAAAGUUCACUGAAUUUUGUCUAUGACGUUGUGGAAGAACGAGAGGGAGCCCACGGUGGUCUGAACUUUUUGGAUGGACGGCCUCCCACUGGAGGAAAUGUGACUCUCCUGGUCACUUUGACGGGAAGUGACACAGCAACAGUCACAAAUGUGACUCUCUUCGACAGCUCAAGUAUGUCAGAGAUCAAUGGGUCGGUGCAGUCAUUGGGAAGCAACGACUACCUAGUAAGAUUCAGAGAAGUCCCUGCAGGAGAAUUUGUGGUUCGCCUCGUAGGUGAGGACGGCGGCUCCACCUCCAGGACCACAUCUGACAGAUUCCAGAGACAAGCCACCACUCAGCUUAAGACUUCCAGCCUUUCUGUUACUGCUCAAGCUAACAGCAACAAUAUCGAGCCGGGUUCCUCUCUCUCCUUCCCUUUCACUGUGUCCUCCAGUGAAAGCGGGACAUUCUCAUUGCAAGUCAGCAAUGACCGCAGCUAUGCCACCACUGCACCCAACAGUGUCACCAUUGCAUCAGGCAGUGGAGGUGAGGCCAACGGCACGGUGACCUUAACCGUGCCGGCCAGCGCUGAAUCAGGAUCCGACGUGACCGUCACCAUCGAAGUCGAAAAUGCAGCUGCCACUGACAUCAACUUUGCUGUGCUCAGGUUUUCAGUGGUAACCCGGGCCACAGAUAUAUCCAGUCCUGUGUGCCAAAUAGUCAAUACAACUGGUAUAUGCCCUGCUGCUUCCUCUCUCUGCGCCACCACCCAGUGGGAGUUCAUCGCUAAUCUCACUGAUGGCAUCAACGGCACUGGUAUUGUGACCAUGUCCCUCCGCCAAGGGAAUGGUACUCUGAAUACCAGCAUGGAGGUGGGACCUGGGGGCGAGAACGUCACAGUGAUCACAUACAGCUCUUCAUGCUGCUCACAGAGUGUGGAGGUGGCAGCUGUGGACGGGGUGGGGAAUGUGGGGCGAUGUGUGGGACAGGCGAGGGUGAUGACAACACCUGCCCCCAACACUACAACAACUACACCAACAACUACACCCAAUAUGACCACUGUACCCACUACUGCAGCAGUAACCGACUCCACUGGAGGGCACACGCUCAACAUGUGCAGUCUCUUGUCUGGCGCAGAGCGGCGCAUCCACGACUCUGUCCCUCCCACCGGCGCAAGUGGCAAAGAGGGAGGAGAGAAGGCGUGA